AAAUAAUUGUAGUUCCUUGAUAUCCGACGCGGAAGUAUCUGGAGGCAGCAGGAUCUUGCUCGCAAAGCUUCAAGUUCUCUCACGCGCUGGAAUUCCAGAUUCCAAAAAUCCGAAAUAGUGUUUAGGGUCGAAAGAACAAUCAGCACCGCCAAGAUUCACGGCUGUCGAGCGAGUUUCACGGUGGUGUCGUAUGAAGGGCAGGAUGCGCAAAAGGCAUGGCAAAGCGACUUUCGAGAGUUCUCUGAAACCACAAAUACACAGAAGAUGCAGCUGUUCGGGAUUAACCGGUCGAGUGUGCCUCUGCUGAUAUUCUAUGGCGAGCUACUGCCUCUUGCCCAUUUUUGGGACAGGCUUGGUUACUUGAGGCGAAGUUAUGCCUGUACAUUGGCUCGGAAUAUGGACUGGAGGGAAUCUGAGAUGUGGAUAGAUCCUGAGCAAGGAACACUGAUUCAUGGAGUGGAGGGGCCUGCCCACAACCUAUUUCAAUUGUCCAUCCCUACUGUGAAGACGCUGCCAUCGAGUGUUCAACUUCUUUUACAGGAUGAUGUUUGCAUUCGCUACCUCUCUCGGUUGCCGUUGGUGGAGGAAUUUGACGGAGAGGUCAUUGACGUGCUACAUGUCGUGUCCAUGGUGAAAGGAGAGAAAUCUCCGACUAUCAAUCGACCCCACGUCCUAUCAACCAAGACGAAUUCCAUAAUUGCAGUCGGAAGCGGAGUCUGGGACGGAUAUGGGUGUUUUGACGACCGAGUAUUGAUGCCAGAUGGAAGAACAAGAUUCACUCUUGUGACAGACCACGCCUCAAGUUUGAACGUAUACUCCGGCGAUCCAUCCAGCAACCAAAAUGCAUGGCUCUCACAGGCUUCGCGUUUCUUUCACAGACUCGGAAUACCGUUGGACGAAGAUUUGUCGUCUUACAAACUCAUUGUGCCAUACAUCAACUUGAGUGGAUCUAUUGAAGACUCUGAACAACGAUGCUCAGAAGAUACACCUAUAUACUUCUUCCUCCAUCCACCCCCGUUUACCCCGCUACUCAAAGAUGGUUCAGUCACUGCGUCCAUCCACACCUGGUCUUUCGAUGAAGAUGGAAAAACAUCCAUCUCACGCCGUCACUGCAAGUACCUUGGCUUACCCACUGAGCUUAGGGUGAACUUUUGUUGGGAAAGCUGGACAUACCACUGGCCUAGCGAGACGUACAGAUCCAUCCACAAAUGGCAAAUCGCAAGAGGUUUUGAUCCAACCACAUCCGACUUUGCGCGUUACCUCGGAUAUCCUGCAUGGGACGUCUUGCCAUUUCAAGGACUGUUUGUGGUUGAGCUUCUUUUUGCUUUUCUUUUCUUUUCUUUUUGGUGGAGUAUAAUGUGCACGCUAUCUCGGGUUGUCAGGCCCCUCUGAGGCAUCAACCGGUACACCUUCUCUUGAUCAAGGCCGAUCCACGAUUGGUUCAAUCUGGUCAAUACUCACCGUUCCGUUCACGUACACUGCUGACGAGGACUCGGAAAUAUGAACUUCAAAUAUCUGCGGCGUUGAUAUAAGUCAGAGCAAUGGAGUCGUUUGGACAAUUAUCCUGUAAUCACUUUUGUGCCAUGGCAUAGAUUUAGAUCGUACCGUUCUACUUGUAUACAUAUCCUAUAUUACAAGGCAGCCUACGAACAACGAAGCGAUGUCGACUUAUGGAUUACGGCAAAGGUUGCCCAUAAGAUAGACCACUUCUGCGGUUGAACUAGUUCUACGAGCGUACACCUAUCUGCCGAACGG